AUGCAUCUUCUUGACUUGCAAACAUUCCGCUUACUCUUCACCCUCACCGCCCCCUCCUCCUUCACCCCACGUGCUCCUUCGCGGUCCGUCUUAAACACUACCACUUCCGCAACGAGCGGCGUAAACAUCGAGUCACUCGAAAGCUUCCCGCUGUCACGACCACAAAUGGCGUCCCAGACGAGCCUAUUGAUUCAGAAUGCUAACAAGACUUUCAUCUUGACUAGAAUCCGGGCCGUCUUCAGGCGUGUUGCGCAUCUCAAAAUACACAAGACCAAGACUUCCGCACAACCGAAGCCAGCCAAGGCUGAACCCAACGUCAUGAAAAAUGUGACCGAGGACAAUGAAAACGACAACGUCGCUCGUGGUUCCGACACCUUCUGCGCCGUCGACCAAAACUCAGCCUUUAUCCUCCAACCGAUCCCACACAGCCAACAAAAAGUCCUCGGCAUGGAUCACAUCCUCCACGCCUGUGGAAGCGGACAAGAAGAGAGAACUAGCAACGACUUCAACAACUUUGACUUCUUUGGUACGUCAUCAGAGACCCUCAACGACAUCGAUAUGGCCACCGGCAAGUCCACAGAUCCUAGACUCGGUCGUUUCUCGGAGCCUACACACGCGGAGCCCGGGCUCCCUGCCAGCUUGGCGGACCCUGGUCCAUUUCUGGUCAGCGAACCGGUUCUCCAGGACAUGUGUACCUUUGGCUCUGGUGACUCCCCUCCUCUCCCAUUUCAGAACCUAGACAGCUACCUGCCAACGCGCCCUCCUUUUCUGAGCGAGGCCGCAACGGAGCAAGCAGGGUCAGGGCCGAGUGGACAUGUCUCAGUACCCGAAUCUAGAGGGUCAGGGCAGCGGCACGGCGACUCCAUAAUGGUCGGCAAUGACACCCUCGAGCAGCUAGGCUUGGGCCUUUCUCGUUCCUUGACUCCGAGAACGGCUGCCAGCCGCCUCACGGCCGUCACAGCCGAAAUCGCACGUCAAGAAGAAGCGCCGCCGAGCUUGCCCCCGACAGAAGUGCAGCCACUACCGGACAAGAAGGUGUUCCCACGCACGGUUCACAUUCCCAACGACGUAGAUCCCCUCGUCCGCAUAUACCUAGAGCAACGAAACAACCGCAUCUGUGAGUUCGUGGGAAUCCAUGAAAGAAAGCGAAACAACGUGGCCGCGAAGCGCAGCCGCGUCACUCGACUCGAGUCCCUGGGCAGCUACGAGAGACUGUACUACGAGGCCACGGCAGAACUGCGCUUCUACCGUCUGCAGGCGGUAUGUGAAGGCCUCGAUGGGGGCCGGUGGGAGGCGCUCACAGACGAACAACGAGCACGCUGGCACGAUUACGUCAUUCGGGAGGCCUUGGAGAACAAGGCACUCAAUCUGCGGGAGAAGAGAGCCGCCCAGCGCCAAAAUCGUACCAAAGGAGCGGCUCGAGCGCGUGGCACAGCGUCGGUCAAGACUGCGGCUCAGAAUGCGAUUAUUCGCCGUGCUGAGAUCGCGGCAGACACCCGCAUGCCGAUGAAUACCUACCUUUCGAGAGAAGUAGAUUCGUGGCUGUCACAGAGAAAGCACAUGAACACCGAGGAGGUCUUGGCUACUCUUGACGACGACAUCAGUGGCGACUGGACCAACGUCAACCAAGAGCUCCUUGACCCGGAAAAGAUGCUCGAACUCCUCGACCCGGUUCGGGAGACGCUCUCGACGUACACGGGGGACAUCCAGGACGCGCUCAUCGAGCUCGUGUCGCGCAUCGAGACGGACGACACGAGCAAGCCGACGGACGAGCAGCGCGAGGAGCUCGUGGCCGCCAUCGUCGCCUACGUGGAGCUGGCGGCCGCCGCGGGGGACUCGGACGCGGCGAUGCGGGGGCUGCUGGCGGACGCGGACGCGGCGUUUGAGGAGUUCGCGGUGACCAAGGCCAAGGACAAGGGCUGCGCGUACAAGAAGCUGUCGAACCUGUUUGGCGUGAAGAAGACGCAGCGGGAGAGGCAGCAGAGGCAGCAGGCGAAGAAGAAGUAA